AAAAAAUAAUUAAUUAAUUAAUUUUGUAUUGAAUUUGAUUAUUGAAAACAAUGGUUAAGACUAGAAAAAGUAUCACCAAAAGUGGUCCACCAAUUGAGGACAGCGGCGGCGGCGGCGGCGAUGGCCAUGACUUCGGUAACAUUGAUAUUAUCAUCGAUGAGUUGGUCGCCGAUAAACAAAAACUUGUCGAUGUGUUGAACCAAUUGAAAAGUUUUAUGCAAACAAUUCAUACAAAAUACGAGACAAUGAUUGCCGAGGAAGACAUCAAUAAGUGGCUGAUACUGAAACAAUCGGUGGACACAACUGUCGAGGAAUGCAAUCGAAGUAAAACAAGAGUUGAAACAAAUGAAAUGAUUGUUAAUCCGGAAUCAAAUGAUGUCAGCAAACAAUCGGAUAAUAAUAAUAAUACUGUUCACGAGGUCGACAACGAUGAAGACAUUAACAAACAAGUGGUCAGAAAACAACCGGUCGUAAACCCGCAUCGGUGUCCACACACCGAUUGUGGCAAACGGUUUAAAACGAAAUCCAGUCUAACUGUUCAUUGUUCGCGAUAUCAUCCGAACCUAUUGUCAAACACGUGUCGCGUUUGUCACAAAUCAUUCAAAAUUGUACGCGUUUUUCGCGCACACAUGAAAAUACAUGACUCGUCGUCGACGACUACGACACCGGUGACCAACAAAUAUCAGUGCCCGGAGUGCGGAAAGUCGUUCAAAGGCAGCCGUACUCUUGACAAACAUUGCAAAAGUUUACAUCAGUUAGUGUUAGCCACCAAUACUGGCCACCAAACAACAACAACUACCGAUAAGUUUGUAGCCGUCGCCACCGCCGCUGUCGACAAUAACAUUGCUGUUGAUAAUGAACUGGUGAUAUUUGGCCGAAACAAUUUUGAUCCGAAAACCGGUCAAUACAUAUGUCCAGACGCCGGAUGCGAACUGCCGUAUAGCAGUGCAAAGACAUUGUUUAAGCAUUUUAAGGACAUUCACGACAUCGAAGACGUAGCCGACGAUCAAACUUUUGUCGAAAACGAUGAAAUCUAUGGCGAUUCUGAUCCAAAACUACUGUUACUAUUGAAACAAAACAACUUUGACGCCGAAACCAGACGAUAUCGGUGUCCAUUUCCCGACUGUGACCGCACGUACGCAACGGCUCGCAAUCUGAAGCUUCACUUUCACGUUAAUCACUACAAACACAACUAUCGGCCGUUUGUUUGUCGACAUCCCGACUGUGGCAAAGGUUUUACGCGUAAUUCACUGCUCAAAGAGCAUAUGGUCACACACGACACUGACCGACAGCGUGGCUACCAGUGCUCUGAUUGUGACAAAUCAUUUUACAAAGAGUAUCUUCUCAACCAACACGUCCAGUCCAAGCACUUGCAAGUAAUGAUCUAUAAGUGCGGUUUCAACGACUGUCGCCAAGUAUUCGGUGCUCGUCGUCUACGGGAAGAUCAUCGCCGAAGUAUCCAUAAUGUAAAGUACGCGAUACGCUAUCGACCGGAUAAGUAUGUUUGCCAGUGGCCUGGAUGUGACUAUCGGUGCGGAUCAUCGGGUAAUUUGCGUAAUCAUCAGCGCAUACAUACUGACGAACGGCCGUACGAAUGCCAGUGGCCACAGUGCGGCAAACGGUUUCGUACUAAAGGCGAGUUCAGACAACACGAGAUAUGUCACGAAAAUUUGAAACCCUAUGUCUGUCAAUGGCCCGGAUGUGAGUACAGGGGUAACAGUAGUGGCAAUUUGUCGGCCCAUAAAAAGAUACACAAUCGGCCUAAACAAGUGGGUAAUAGACUAGUAAUGGACAGAUCAGCUGAUCCGACAAAAAUGUUUGGCGUCAUUGUCGACGAGGACAACGACAUCGGCAUUGAAAUCAAUGAUUGUUUUGAUGAACUGUUGGCCGAAAACAACAGACUUGUCGACGAGUUGUUGUCAGCAAAGAAUUGUUUAUCACAAAUGACUGAUCACAUGGCAUGGAUUCACAAGACAUACGAAGCAAUUAUAUCGGCUGAAGAUUGUGCUAAAUGGCAAACACUGAGAAAAUCUGUGGUAACGACUAUUAGUGACAUCAAUUCAAUGAAAACAGAUGUGAAAAGUCGGGAGGAGAAGGAGGAGGAGCCAAAAGAUUGCCAACAAUUCAGUAAAACUAAUGAUGAUUGUGUCCGGGAAGACAAUAGCCGAUUGUUGGCGCCCUCACUGCCGUCUACCUGUCCAACAACAACUACAACAACAACAAUCCCGAAAAACCUCAAUACUAGUCAUAUGAACUCAAGUAAAUCGGAUGUUCAUCAAUGCCAGCGUCGGCUAUAUAUGUGCCGAUACAAGGGUUGCAGCAAACGGUUUAAACUGAAAAGUCAUUUAUCUCUUCAUUCAUCGACCUAUCACUCGAUGACUAACCAAUCAACAGAAGACACCAACAACAACAUGAGUUGCGAUGUCUGCCACAAGACGUUCAACACAAAGACACUGCUCAACAAUCAUCUGAAGACACACUAUGUCCGACGUACGAAAUACCGGUGCUCUGAAUGCGGAAAAUCGUUGUCCACUAAACGCUAUCUGCGAAUACAUCAGCGAACAGUUCAUCUGAUUGUACCGAAUGAUGACACACCCGACGAGGUUCCCGAUUCAGUAGAACCGGAUCCUGAGACCGCAAAGUUUAUACAAUCUCAUUACGACCAGAAAACACAGUUAUACUAUUGUCCGUAUCGCGGUUGCGGCAAACCGUACGCCAAGUUGUGGACAGUCUAUAAGCAUAUGUUGGCAACUCAUCCGCCGCAACAAAAUUGUGCUGACGAUUGGUAUCAAAAUAAUACUGGUUUCGACAAUUCUGUUACCGUCGGCGGCAACGAUGAUGUCGAUGAUUGCCAGCCGAAUCAAAAUUUGCUGCUAUUGUUGAAACAAAACAAUUUCGAUGACAAACAGCAACGAUAUUUGUGUCCAUUUCCCGGAUGUGUCCGCAAAUAUGUUGACAAUUUUGCACUGAAAUAUCAUUUUCAAAUGUCUCACUAUAAACCCGAUUCUAAACCAUUUGUUUGUCAGGUGUGCGGACAAGGAUUCAAACGAAACUGUAUGCUAAAAGAGCAUAUGUAUACACACGAUAGGAACCGACAGAAGACAUACCAGUGCUCUGAUUGUGAUAAAGCCUUUUUCAAAGAGUUUCUACUCAAACAACACGUACGGACCAAACAUUCAGAAGAGAAUGCAUUUAAAUGUGGUAUCAAUGGCUGUGAAGAUAGAUUUUCAUCUGUAUAUCAGCGAAAACUUCAUCGACAGUCAGUCCAUCAGAUGAAGUAUGCACUGAAACGACAGCCGGAUAAACACCGUUGUCAAUGGCCCGGCUGUGACUACCGGUGCGGUUCGGCUACUCAGAUGAAAGAUCACACUCUUAUACAUACCGGUGAGCGUCCGUACGCUUGCCAGUGGCCACAGUGUGACAAACGGUUCCGACGUAAAGCCGAUAUAAAAAAACAUGAGAUUUGUCAUCAAAAUCUGAAACCAUUUGUGUGCCAAUGGCCCGGAUGUGACUAUCGGGGCAAUAGUGUCAACAAUUAUUAUGUUCAUCAAAAAAUACAUAAACGACAACAACUACCACAACAACAACAAAUAGUUAAUACAAUUUAGUG